AGUGGGAGUUGGAAUUUGCUGCCUACUAAACCAAACAGAAGAUAAUUGGUUUUCAUUUAAGAUCCAAAUACAAAAGCUAACCCCCUCUAAUCACAAAAUUAAUUCAACCCUAUUUCUCUGUCUUUUGAAUUUCAGAAAAAACAAGUAACAACAAUCAAUGCCUCUUUCCCUCCAUUGCUAAAACCUUCUCUCUCCUCCUUCAAUUCAUUAUACCUCUCCUCUGUCUCUGAAACAAUUUAAUUAACUUACCCCCCUCUGCUAAAAUGCGCCCUUGAUCCCAAUUUUCUUUUCUUUGAAAGUUGAGAUCUUUCAAUUGAAGAAGAAGGAGAAGAACAAGAACAAGAAGAACCCCAGUAAAGCAAUGGUUGCAGAGCCUUGGUUACUGAGAAUGGGGAAUCAGGUAAGUAGCAAUCUGAAAAACUCCCUUCUUUUACACCCAACAAGCACAAGUAAUAGUAGUAGUAGAAAGAAGAAAAGUAGCAGUAGUAGUAGUUGCUCUAAUAUUGGUAUCUUGUCAUUUGAGGUUGCUAAUGUUAUGUCAAAAUUGGUCCAUCUUCAUAACUCAGUCUCUGAUGAAGAGAUCUCGAAACUGAAGCAUGAAUUGAUUAAAUCAGAGGGUGUUAAGAAAUUGGUUUCUUGUGAUGAUUCUUACCUUUCAGAGCUUGCUUAUUCUGAGAGGGUAGAUGAUUUGAAUAGGGUUGCUGAGGUUGUCUCUAGGUUGGGGAAAAGAUGUACUGAGCCAGCCUUGCUUGGUUUUGAGCAUGUUUAUGGGGAUAUUAUUAGUGGUAGGAUUAAUGUCAAAGAUUUGGGGUUUUUGGUUAAGGAUAUGGAUAGUAUGAUUAGGAAGAUGGAGAGGUAUGUGGGUGCUACUGCUAAUUUGUAUGGUGAAUUGGAGGUUUUGAAUGAAUUGGAGCUUGCUACCAACAAGUUCCAUUUGAAUCAUAAUCUUGAUAGUCGUAGGGCUUUUGACCAGAAAUUGUCUUGGCAAAGGCAGGAUGUUAAGCAUUUGAAGGAUAUUUCUCUUUGGAAUCAGACUUAUGAUAAGGUUGUUGAGCUUUUGGCCAGGACUGUUUGCACCCUUUAUGCUAGAAUUUGCGUUGCCUUUGCUAAUGUCGAUGUGCUUCGAGGAGUGCCUCCUCAGCCUGUUGUCAAGAGCAUUGGUAAGCUUGAGAGUCGCCGCAGUCUUAGGCUUAUGAACCGGAAUAAUUCUUUGCAUAGUCAAACUUGUGAAAAGAAGCCUCCUAGUUUCAAGACUCAAUCUAGCCUGAAAAGAAGUGAAUUAGACCUGCUUCAUCGUCAGGAUUUAGUUUAUCCUUGUGCUCCUAGCCCGGGGAGGAUCUUCAUGGAGUGCCUUAGUCUCAGCAGUUCAGCUUCAAGAGUUGAUGAUGAUGAAGAUGACUUUUCUUGCAGUGACCAAAAUUCCUUUGUCUCAGAAUUCAAAGUUGUGGAUGGCAUGAAGGAGGAGCAUCCAGACUGCUUAAAUCGCGCCCAAGCUGGAUUUCGUUAUAAUGGGGAACAUGGGCAGCUUCUAGAUUCAGUGAAUGCCUCACGUUUUGGCCCCAAAAGUAGGCUGGCUACUCAUGCUACGCCGUCCACUGUUGGAGGUUCUGCUCUUGCUCUGCACUAUGCUAAUGUCAUUAUAGUUAUAGAGAAACUUCUUCGUUACCCACAUUUAGUGGGAGAGGAAGCCAGGGAUGAUUUGUAUCAAAUGUUGCCAGCUAGCUUAAGAAAGUCUUUGAGGAUGAAUCUCAAGUCACACUUCAAGAACUUUGCAAUAUUUGAUGGUGCGCUGGCUCAUGAUUGGAAGGAAAGCCUUGAUCAGAUCUUGAAAUGGCUAGCUCCUUUGGCGCAUAAUAUGAUCAGGUGGCAAAGUGAGCGCAAUUUUGAGCAACAACAGAUUGUUUCAAGAACAAACGUUCUUCUACUUCAAACCCUCUAUUUUGCGGACAGGGAGAAGACAGAAGCAGCAAUUUGUGAUCUCCUUGUUGGUUUAAAUUAUAUAUGCCGUUAUGAACAUCAGCAAAAUGCUCUGCUGGAUUGUGCUAGCAGUUUUGACUUUGGUGAUUGGAUGGAAUGGCAACUGCAAUGCCAGGCUUCUUGCCUCGAUUGAUGGGUUAUAUGAAUGAAGUUAGGGUUUUUUCUUGGUUUAAUCAAAUACAAAGAUACAGAAGAUCACUUUGUUUUUGUUGCAAGGCAUCUAGGGUUUUGGCUUUGGCUUCUCAAGUACUAGUACAUACAACUAGUUUUCUCUCACUAGAGGGAGGAAGUAAUUUUUUCUUCUGCACAUUACGUAUGUACUUUUGUACAUAGUAAUGAUAAUUUCUUACAUUUUUAUCCUAGAUUUCUCUCAACUAUCCCAAUCGAAGCUUACAUAUUUGGAAUUAAAUGUACAUGGAUCUUUCUAGCUUCUCCCUUAGUAAGGUUAUAAAUUUGCAUUCUGGCAUUUUUCGUGUAAAUAGACAGUUAGUCAAUGGUUGAAAGCAUUGUUUGUGUGAUAGUUGUAUCAUUAAUCUUCUGGUUUAAAUUAUGUAAUCUGUGAGCAUCUGCAACUUCUAUGGUCGAGAUAUGAUAGGAGUCACCGAUCCGAGUCAUAACCGCAUUUGAAUGAUGGAUGCGCGUUCUCCACCCCCUGUAUGAUACGGAUCCAGAUUUGGUGUAAGGUUUAAGUUCCCAAAAGGCAGACUCGAGGAAAAAGAAUAUGUUGUGAGGAAGCAACAAAUACAAGAGAGGUAUGAUAUUUCCCAUUCUUUAUGAAGUGCUUGUAUUUGGUGCGAAAACAUUCUUAUCGCUAGCAUCCUGACGUUUUGUCAUUUGUAACAUUGUUACAGUAAGUAAACCCCUUCUCUAGUGAUAUUAAACCUGCUCCAUAUGCAUUAACCGUGUCUUUUUGUGUAUUGUCACAAAAUCACAACACCUAGUGAUGGUGGUUGUGAAAAUAGUAAUACACUUGUGACAUGAAAGCAUGUUGCUUUUGUGUAUUGUAUUGUAAAGCUAAUGGAUCGGGAUAAAAUAGUCUAAAACCCACUGAUCCAUGGAUUUAUCUUAUCUGUCUUUGUUUUAA